AUGGGCCGCGUCCGCACCAAGACCGUCAAGAAGUCCGCCAAGGUCAUCAUCGAGCGCUACUACCCCAAGCUCACGCUCGACUUCGAGACCAACAAGCGCAUCUGCGAUGAGAUUGCUAUCAUCGCUAGCAAGAGGCUGCGCAACAAGAUCGCUGGUUACACUACCCACCUAAUGAAGCGCAUCCAGCGCGGCCCGGUCCGCGGCAUCUCCUUCAAGCUACAAGAAGAAGAGCGCGAGCGGAAGGACCAGUACGUGCCUGAAAUCUCGGCGCUGGACUUCACGCAGAACUCGGAGAGCGGGCAAUUGGAUGUUGAUCAGGAGACGAAGGAUAUGUUGAAGAGCAUGGGUUUCGACUCCAUCCCGGUCAAUGUGGUUGCGGUUAGCCAGCAGCAGGUUACUGAGAGGCCGCGUCGCUUUGGUGAUCGUCGUCCGGGCCAGUAG